GCAAUCUGAUGCUCAGAAGAGGAUCGUUGCGGGGAUGCGGAUGCUGCUGCCCGGCGACCGAAGGUGGGAACUGCCGUUCUGGAGGCGCGCAUACGCGGUGGCGCGCGUGGCUGGGCCCCCGCUGUUGCCUAGCAGCGAAAGCGCUGUACGGCAGCUGGGGAGGCGCGCAUGCGCGGUGCGCCUUUUACGGCGCUCGCCGCUGUUGCCUAGCAACCACAGCGCGACACGGCGUCUCGGCAACCGCGCAUGCGCUGUGGCGCGCUUUACGGCGCUCCUGCUGUUGCCUAGCAACCAAAGCGCUGUACGGCAGCAGGGGAGGCGCGCAUGCGCGGUGGCGCGCCUUUUACGGCGCUCGACGCUGUCGCCUAGCAACCAUAGCGCGACACGGCGUCUCGGCAACUGCGCAUGUGCCACGGCGCGGUUUACGGCGCUCCUGCUGUUGCCUAGCAACCAAAACGCUGUACGGCAGCUGGGGAUGCGCGCAUGCGUGCUGCCCCUUUUACGGCGGUCGACGCUGUUGCCUAGCAACCAUAGCGCGACACGGCGUCUCGGCAACCGCGCAUGCGCGGCGGCGCGGUUUACGGCGCUCCUGCUGUUGCCUAGCAACCAGAACGCUGUACGGCAGCUGGGGAGCCGCGCAUGCCCGCUGCGCCUUUUACGGCGCUCGACGCUGUCGCCUAGCAACCGUAGCGCGACACGGCGUCUGGGCAACCGCGCCUGCGCUGCGGCGUGCUUUACGGCGCUCCUGCUGUUGCCUGGCAACCAAGACGCGGCACUGGCGUUCGGGGGCCGCGCAUGCGCGGUGGCGCGUUUCGGCCGCCCUCCUGCUGUUGCCUGGCAACCACGACGCCGUGCAGCUGCUCGGGAGCCGCGCAUGCGCGGUGGCGGCGCGUUUCGCCAGCGCUCUCUUCCGCCGCCUAUUGACCAAAGUUCGGUACUGCAGCUGGGAGCCGCGCAUGUGCGCUGGCGCGCCGCGCCAAGCCCUGGCAGUUGCCACCCUGCGACCAACGUUCGGUACUGCAGCUCGGAGGCUGCGAGUGCGCGGGGCUGCCCCUGUCCUGCACGUGCCGUCCGACGGUAA